AGAGCCAUAAUAUCCAUGUAAAAUUCGAUAUCGAUGGUAUUCUGUUCACUGUUUUUAUUUGUUUGUACUGAGUUUAUUUGAGGAGUCGACACAUUUCCUUGCCACACAUUUCUGUCUCCUCAGCAGACAAGGAAGGAUAAGCUGUCAGUUUUAUGCACUGAAGCACGCACAUCACACGACCAAAAAUCUCUUCAAAGAUGGAUGACUCCUCACUGGUUGACAUGGCCAAAAAUCUGAGUGAAGCCAUGAAAAUCCUUCAAGAUGGAGAGAGAGAGUUGGAGACAAGAACAGAGAGUCAUCCCUUGGCCAGAACAAGCAUACCUGGCCCUCUGCAGGGAGAUGGUCAAGAUGUUCCAACAAUUUUGCACUUAAUGAACAACCUUAUACACGAAGAGGAGGAAAAUGAGGACAAGCUCAGCCAACAAAAGAUGCAGAAUAUACUUGAACAAGGUCACAUGGCUCUGCUGGGUCACAGCUUGGCAGCACUUAUCUCAGUGUUGGACAUAGUGCGACUGCGAAAGCUGACAACUAGAAUCCUGUCUGACACUACAUUGUGGCUCUGCAGACUGUUCAGGUAUGAGAAUGGUUCAGCAUACUUUCAUGAGGAUGACAGGGAUGGCCUAGUUAAAGUGUGUCGGCUGGUCAUAAAUGCACGUUAUGAAGAAUAUGCCUCUGAGGGCUAUGCAGUCCUCAGCCACAAACAGCCAGUCAUUUACCAAAGCGCCUCUGGAAGGCCUGGACUUGGACAACAUCUAUGCAGUCAGCUUGGCCUUCCACUCUCUAGUCUGUGCACUGUCCCUUGCAAUACCAUUUUUGGAUCACAACACCAAAUGGACAUUGCUAUGCUGGACAAACUGAUUAAAGAGGACAUAGAAUCUGGCAAGCUUCCAUUGCUGUUGAUAGCCAAUGCAGGAACCCCUUGGGCAGGACAUACAGACAAGUUGGGUCGUCUGAAGAACCUGUGUGACCAGUACAGCAUGUGGCUUCAUGUGGAGGGAGUGAACCUGGCAACCCUGGCACUGAGUAAUGUCUCCUCUGCUGCAAUGGCAGCCAACAAAUGUGACAGCAUGACACUCACACCAGGUCAGUGGCUGGGACUGCCUACCAUCACAGCUGUCACCCUUUACAGACAGGAAGACCCAGCUAUGUCUCUUGCAGCAGGUUUGACCUCCAGCCAUCCAGUGUUAAAGCUUCGCGCCCUGCCCCUAUGGCUGUCCUUGCAGUAUCUCGGCCAUAAUGGAAUUGUCCAAAAGAUCAGACACGCCACUGAACUGAGCCAGCUACUCAGAGAGAAGCUGAAAACUUUGUCCUCCAUCAAAACAUCGAUGGAGGAUGAAAUAGACUCUCCUGUGGUUCUAUUCAAGUUUUCCCCAGAAAUAAAUCCAACAUCCUGUGGGGGUUCAGUGGAAGGUGACAUCACUGUGGAGAAAGAAUUGCUUGAUUCCUUCAACAGAUGGCUUGGUGAACAGCUACUCCAACAGGUUCCCAUUACUGGUGUAAAUGUGGUGGAGCUUGGAGACGAAGGUACAUGUAUUUGCUUCAGUCCCCUCCUGACUGCUGCAGUUCUGAGGACUCAGCAGGAGGACAUUCAGAGCCUUUUGGAGAAGCUGUCAGAGCUUGUGCCUUUGAUGAGCUCCACAAUAUCCCUUAGACUGGACUUCAGAAGGGAAAUCCAAGAACACUCACCCAUGCUCAAGUACAUAGAGGAGCUCAACUGGCCUGGUCUGGGUUCUGUCCGGUAUGAGCCCCAGGCUGAAGUAAUGGAUGAAAGCAGGAGAGAGCAGGAUCUCGAGAAAAUCAACACAGAGCUGCUGAAGAAACUGCAAGAUCUGGAAACUGACAUCAUCUUUUCCACAGGGCCAGAUUUUGGAAAAGAGAAGGACUGUGUCUUUGUUGGCAUGGUCACUGAGGACAUGAAUAUUCGAGAGCUGGUGGAUAUAAUGGCUGCCUUCGGGAGGGACAUAGAGGACAGUGGAAGGCUUUUGGAGAACAUGACAGAGGUAGUAAGGAAAGGUAUCCUUGAGGCAGAGCUCCAGUUACAAAAGGCCAAUGAGGAAAAACUCAUGGAAGAGGGAAUGAUGAGACAACUUCCUCUGGGUUCUGUGUUAAACUGGUUCGUUCCAGUUCAAAGCUCCAUAAAGGGCAGGACCUUCAAUCUGGCUGCAGGUUCCUUGGACUCCACGGAUGUGACGUACUCCACCAAGGUCCAGACAGGAAGGCUGUCCCUGCAAGACACAACCACCUUCCCAUCAGAGAAACUGCCAGGUCAGAGGUUAUUUCGGCGCCCACAAGCUCCAUGGAACAAGCUGAGGAGACAAACAAGGAGGAUAGGCAAGCAGACUAUCUGUCCAACCUAACUCUCCAUCUCUGCCUGCAUCUGAGGAGGACUCACACACUGCGGGUGAUAUUGCACUGGAGAAAAUCUCAGAGUUUUCUCCGCAGGUGCACACACAGGUAGAAGCUGAUCUUGCCCUUGGAGAAGAUGCAG